AUGUCACUCAUCGGCAAGUUCGCCCAUCUCCCUGGGCGGCCCAAGGCUUCAGAGGCGACGCCUAUUCUCGAGAAGAUCGCCAGUCAAGUCAAGCCCAUAAUGAAGAAGCGGGGGUGGAAGGUUGGGGUGCUCGGCGAGUUCUUUCCCGCCAAUCCCUCGCUACUUGGGAUCAACAUCAACCACGGUCAGCGUAUUAACCUACGCCUGCGUCCUCCCGACAAUCCGUCAGGGUUCUACGACUUUGAACAGCUCGUCCUUGUCAUGUUGCAUGAGCUCACACACAUCGUGCAUGGGCCUCAUGACGCGUCGUUCUACAAGCUUCUGGCCGAGCUCGAGGAGGAGUACUACGAUCUCAAGCGCAAGGGGUUCUCUGGAGAGGGCUUCCACAGCGACGGGAACCGACUGCAGGGCACACGGCUGAACGAGUACGAGGGGCGGCGGCGCGGGCUUGCGGCCGCAGAAAAGCGCUUUCAGCAGCAGAAGGUCAUGGGCCGCGGCGGUGUGCUCGGCGGGUCAGGGACUGGUGGGAAGAGCAUGCGCGAGAUCGUAGCGGAGGCAGCCGGGCGCCGGCUCAAGGAUGACAAGACAUGCAAGGUCGACUCGAAGGAGGCUGAGGAGGAGGCGCGUAAAGCACAGGAGGAGAGUAUAGUGGUCGACGCAACCGACGUGGACGCGACGGGCCAAGUGGAGGCUGGGCCCAGUCACAAGCGCUCGCUGAGCGAGACUGGGACCAAGGACGCCCCAAUCGUCGUCGAUGACGAUCCUGAGGACGUUCCUGGACCGUCACGUCAGCGUCCGACCUUGGCCAUUGGAGGGUCUUCCGCGGAGUCGACACCAUCGUCGAGGACUGUCUCGGCGGCCAGUACCCCGCCGACAUCCCGUCCUUCUUCGGCAGUCGCUAAUCCGAAGCCCUCCGUUCCGGUUAACACCAAGCCAAGUAGUAGCAAGGGCAAUAAGCCGGUCGCGUCCGUCCCUGUCUCUGCCUCAGCCUCUCGACCCAAACCUCCUCCCAAGCCUCCUACCACAUGGACAUGUGGCAUCUGCACCUUAAUCAAUCCUCUGUCUGCGCACCGCUGCGAGGCGUGCGAGUCCCCGCGUCCCGCGCAGAAUACCGACGACGGCUGGUGGUGCGAGUUCUGUGGCGCGGGUCCGCGUGAGAUGGGGUUCUGGAGCUGCCUAGAGUGCGGGUGGGUGCGCAAGUCGGGUUGA